AUGAAUAUAAAUGAAAAUGAUGAUAUAUCAACAUUAAUUGCAUCAUUUAUUAAAAAUCCUGAAUCUGUUUUACAAGAACUUGAUGUUCAACGUUUAACAAGUAUUGCCAGUAUUCCUAUUGGUGAUUCAACAACAAUAAAUAAAAGUCAAUUACCUGAAUCAAAACUUUCUGAUUAUCCAAAAGCAAAUUUUAAUUCAAAUGAAUCAUCAUCAUCAGCAAUGAAUAUAACAGAAAAAUUCGAACGAGCAUUAUCUAAUAUAGCACCAUUUUUACGUGGUAUAUUUACAGAAUUUUCACAUAUUCUUACAAAAACAUUAGUUGAUUCACAUGGACAAGAAUUAUUAUCUAGUGGUUUACAUGCUCUUAAACAAACAGUAUCAAUUGUUGAACUUGUUUAUGCUAUUAUGUUCACAAGAAUGGCAAAAUUCUCUUCAAAUCAUAUUGUUAAAGUAGCUAAUGAAGCUAAUUUUAUACUUAAUCGUAUGUGUGCUGAUGAUAUACGUCAAGCAAGUGAAUUUGAACAAUUAUCAGCACAAACAACUGUUCAAUGUAAACGACGACGACGUUUAAUACGUAAUCCAAAUGGUUCUAUACAUAAUGAAGCACCACAAAAAUCAUCAUUUAAUGGUAUUAAUAAUGAUUUAAUAACAUCUGUUAUACAAGAAGAAAAUUUAUUAAAACAAUUAAAACAACAAAAACUACAAAAUUUUAAUCAAACAAUAAUAUCGGAUGAUGAUGAAAUAUUACAAGUUGAUAAAAAAAGACCUUGA